AUGGCCAGCACGCAGCCCAACGACGAGACUGCUGGCGUCGCCAAUAGGACUGGCGAGUUCGAUACCAACGUUAUCGCACCCGCUGAAGCUCCAAAGAGGUCGCCAUGGAAGGCGUGGAUGUACCUCUGGGAAUGGUAUCCUAAGCACUAUCCCGAGGAGGAGAGGAAGCUACUCAGAAAGAUGGAUGCUUGUCUUCUGACAUUCUGUUCGUUCAUGUUCUUCCUCAAGUGGCUCGACUCCUCCAACAUCAAGAACGCCUACGUAUCAGGCAUGAAAGAAGAACUCAGCCUCUACGGAAACGAGUACUCGCUUUUCGAUACUUUCUAUAAUGUCGGAUAUCUCGUCUUCCAAGUUCCGUCCCUACUAUUGCUAUCCCGACCGAAGAUUGCCAAGUACUAUCUGCCGACCAUGGAAGUGCUGUGGUCAAUCGUCACCUUCUGCCAAAGUCAGAUGCGCAGCCGAAACGACAUCUACGGUACCCGGUUCUUGCUUGGUCUGCUCGAGACGCCAGUGGCAUCUGGCACGACUUAUGUGCUUGGCUCUUGGUACAGGCCCGAAGAGGUGUUCAAACGGACAGGAGUCUGGUAUGUGUCUAACAACAUCGCUGUAAUGUUUGGUGGCUACCUACAAGCUGCGGCGUACAAAAAUCUCAACGGCGUUGGUGGCAUGUCAGGCUGGCGUUGGCUGUUCAUAAUCGAUGGGGUAAUUUCUCUACCCAUCGCCCUUGCAGGCUACCUCAUCUUCCCCGGUCUACCAAGUAGCGCAAAACCAUGGUGGCUCACACCCAAAGAGCAUGCACUGGCUCGAUCGCGCAUGGCCAAUGCCGGUGUUGCGCCUAGCAAAGAGCUUAGUUGGACCGUCGCAAAGCGCACAUUCAUGCGAUGGGAGUUUUACAUGGGUGUACUAUGCUAUACAUUCUUCCUUUCGUCUUCCUACCCUCAUGGUCAAAUGGCUAUCUGGCUUAAAGAUCUUGCUGCCAAGUACCCAGGUGCAUACACCGUCCCACAAAUCAACACGAUCCCCACUGGCGCCCAGGGCGUUUCCGUCUUCGCCGCGCUUCUCGCAACAUCCCUCUGCAUGGUCUACCCGCUUUGGUCCAUCUUUUCUAUCGUCCAAACCAUCUACAUCGUCGCCAACAUUUCCCUCCUAAUCUGGAACAUACCCAAAGGCUACCAUUUUGCCUGCUACUACCUACUCGGUGUCUCCGCCGCCGUCACGCCCAUUCUUAUGCCGUUCAUCAACAUGGCGCUGCGCGAUGACGCUGAGGCGCGUGCUGUCACUGUCGGUGCUAUGUUGACAGCUGGCUGGGCUGUCUUCUCUUUCUACCCUAUCACAGUAUUUCCCAUUGUCGAGGGUCCAAAGUGGACCAAAGGUUACGCGGUAAAUAUUUGCUUCAUCGUUGGAUGUUGGGCUACUUUCUUGAUCAUGCAAUAUCUGUAUAAGAAGAGCGAGAACAAGAAGCAAAGUAUGAUGGUUCGGGAAGUAGCGAAAGAUCAGGAAGACUUGGCGGGUCUGGAUAUCAAGGAGGCAUCGGAAGUCGAGCAUGCAGAGGUCAGGAAGUGA